CUUGAUUCUGUCAGACAUGAUUUAAAGCAGCACCAGGUAGUCGUUUCCUUGGUAACUGCACUCCUUCACUAUUUUACGACUCCACAAUAACGCUAAAACAUGGACAUUCAGGGACGAAGUGUGCAGAGCUCCGGCGACAACAUUGUGGACAUGGUUGACAUGGAGGACGAAACCUUUGCGAUUUCUAGUUCCUCAUCUGCAGACACUGCAUUCGACUCUGUUAUUGGCUGCAUAGAAGACAUCAUUAUGGAGGAGAAUUUCCAGCUACUCCAGCGGAACUUCAUGGAGAAACACUAUAAAGAGUUUGACUGCACCGAAGAGAACAAGCUCAGCUACAUGACCAUUUUCAAUGAAUAUGUGGAACAGUUGGAGAAGUAUGUGGAGCAUCAGCUGAUCAGGAGGAUCCCUGGUUUUAUUAUGUCUACCUUCAUUGAUCAUCUCAUGCAGCACAAAGAUGAGGUGUCUGGUGAUAUUGUUGACAUCCUGCUGUCCUUUAUUGACUUUCUGGCCUUCAAGGAGAUGGUUCUGCAGUACAAAGUGUAUUUUCUAGGAAAAGGAGGGACGAAGUCUGGACCUGAGCCAAGGACUUGUAGUCACUCCUUUAAGCCCUGCAGCCUCCAGCCAAUCUGGAUCCAAUCAGUUGGAGUAACACACAUGAUAGAGGAUGUAUGCCAUAUUGUUGAUCAAUCGUAAUGCUAACUUGUGAUCACCCAUGAAGCUCAUGUCUGACACAUAGGAACAGAUAACCGCUCACACCUAUGGCCGAUGUUCCGUGAAACUCAAACGCAUGUUGUUGCACCUUGGGAGGAUGUCGGAGAACCCACGCAAGCACUAGAAGAACAUAAAACCCACAAACAGGCUUGUCAUCAUUGCAACAGUGCUAAACAAUGCACCAAUGUGCUACCACAGGUCGACCCUUGAAAAGUAUAGUUGCGUACAAAACAGCCCUAAAAGCUCAUUUUCUAUUCAUUCCUGUAACGCGAUUUAAUAUGAAAAAUGCAUGAUACACUGAUAUUGGUCAUCUUUAUUCGUAAACACCAGAAGGGUUUUUUGUCAUAAAUAUUACUGCUGGUACUAAUCCUCAAGGUUUUUUGUUGAGUAAAUACGAGACAUGCAGAGACUAAAAGAAAUAUCUAUGUACAUAUAUAUAAAUUUUAAGUUUGUGACAAUUCAAGAAGUCCUUAUGUUUUUGCAAUAUUUAUUCUUAGGAUUGAAUGUUGUGUUGUGAAAGUGAUUUUUAAACAUGUAAAUAGUGUUUUGUGUAGUUUAUUUGUCCAUGAUGAAAUACUGACAUUUUCUAAUAAACAGCCUUUUAGCUAA